AUCGUGGACGCCCUCUGUAGCAGCGCGGAGGAGCACAAACUGGGUGCGCUGCGAUCCUGGUAUAACCACCCUUCCCGUUUGCGUCGAGAGGCCUAGUGCGAAAACAAGGACUUGGUUACGUUGUGCCCUCGAUCAAUUAAAUUACAGCCGCACUAUGUCUUCCGGCGUGACAGUGUCCACUGAAGCCAAGACAGUGUAUGAGGAGGUGAAGAAGGAUAAGAAGUACCGCUACAUAAUCUACCACAUCAAGGACGAAAAGGUCAUCGAUGUGGAGACCACGGCAGAGCGCUCUGCCACCUAUGCGGACUUCUUGGAGCAACUGCAAAACUACAAGAACGAGUGUCGCUACUGUGUCUUCGACUUCCCUGCCUCCAUCCGCGCCGAGGGGGCCUCCGAAUGCGCCAUGUCCGUAGACCGCCUUGUCCUCAUGACCUGGUGUCCCGAGCAGGCGAAGAUCAAGCAGAAAAUGCUGUACUCCAGCAGCUACGACGCACUCAAGAAGGCUCUCGUGGGCGUCUACAAGUACGUCCAGGCGUGCGACUUUGAAGAAGUCGGUCAGGAGGCAAUAGAAGCCGCCUUCCACUCAUCGCGCAAGUAGGGACACACACUUGUCAAGGCUGAGGCACCACCCUCUUCGUUUUAUUGUUCUCCUCUGGAGGUUUUUUUAAGUUCACACAAAACAAGGGGGGAAAAAGAAGUGUCCACUUUUGCUCGACAAGACGAAAGGCAGGAAGCAGGCAGCGACUGCAAAUGUGUUGCACACGCCUCCGCAAGAAUGUCAAGACCGGCCAAGACGCCGUUCAUUUGGUUUGUUUUGCAGACGGCCGCUUUCCUCCGGCGUUGUCCCAUAAUCUGCCUGUGUUCCGAGCCCUUGGUACCCUUCUGCAACAAACCCUGUUGAACACUGUUCCUUUCUAUUCUUUGUUACUUUUUUUGGACAUUCACAUUUAACUGCUUGUUUUCUCCAUUUCCUUCAGCAUUGAACAGAAACUGUCACUGUCCCCUUCCCCAUUUUUUUUUUGCAACAGUUCACGUAAACCCGGUUGGAGUUGAAUGCAUUACUUGCAUUUGCUAGCAUUGUUGAGAUUUUGAACAAGUUUCAUCAUUGAUUUGUUUUUUUUUUCCUCUGUUAAUAAAUAGUAAAGCAAAGUUACCAUUUCUUACUGAUGCAGACAUCUUUAGUACGUGCAAACACUUCAUGUAACACGGGGGCAUUUUAAAUGCCUGGUUGGUACAGUCCGUUUGCUCGUGUAAACUUUAACUCCACAGUUUUCAACGUUUACCCCACUGUUAGCCAGGGUUGCUUCAAGCAAGGGAUAAAAGGGUUUCAGGGUUCCUUUCUACCAGAGUUGUGGUUUUUUGGACACUUACUUCAGUCCCUUCAUUCAGCCAAUGUACUUUUUUUUUUUCUUUUACAACUUUGUGCUAGUGUGUUUACCUGCUAACUAUUUAUUGAGUCACGAGGUUGUUUCUUCUGUUCUCCCUUUCUUUUUUCCUGGCAUUUUUUAAAAUAUGUUAGAAUGGCAGUGAAAAAAUAUUCUGUGUGAAGCACGGCAAUUGCCCCCUGCCUUUUUUUGCUAUCAAAUUGCUUUAGGCUUCAGUUUUUUUCUCGUAUACCUGUGUGUACAUGGACAAAUGUGAGGUGUGUUUUGUACACCGGCAAUGAGAGACUUGCUCUGGGUAAAUUGCAGAUGCAAACCUCUUGUCGUGUGAUCCGAUUAAGAGGUGCGAUUACCUCCUUGGUACGGGUGGGCUGACUCUAAUGGAAAUUUUUUUUUUGUGCCCUGGGGAAUGAAUCAAUCUGGUGAACACUGAUGCAAAUAAAAAAGUAUGAAAAUUUUUAUAAAGCUGA